CCAGGGAACAAUUCCUUCCCAAUAUCCCAUCUACAUCUUUCCUCUUUUAAUUUAAAACCAUCCCCCUGGUCCUAUCCCUAAAAAGUCACUCUCUCACUCCUUUGAAAUGCCCUGAUUUUCAUGGAUGCUGUGAAAGGCUCUACAAGCCUCUCUGAACUGUGUGCAGAGUUUAAAUCAAUGUUACAGAUACACUUAAUCUCAGUGUAUUCCUUUAACCUCUGAUUAAACACUGGGGACUUUUUUUAUCCCUCAAACUUUAAAAGACUGCGGGGAAAAGCAGCAAAGAGAGAAGAGAGGAUGGCGGGAAGAGACCUCCCAGCACACGGCCGAGUCCUGCGCUUUCUCUCUCUAAUCUCUUCCGUUGGGUUAUUUUAUCUUAUCAAGCAAAAAGCCCCAGAAAUAGAAAGUUUUCCAUGGCUUACAGGAGAUGCACGAGCCCUGAGCUGCGCUCCCUCCUCGGUAAAAUAAAUAAAUAAGGCCGUCAGAUGGCAGCAGGUUGUAAAUGGAGAAUGUCAGUGCUUUAUCUCCGUGGGGGAAAAGGCCUCUGGUGGGAGCAGACACCACUUGCUCCGGUGCCUGCUGUAUCCCAGAGCAUUUGGGGUUGGAACGUGCCUGGAGAGCUCCUGGCCUCCUCUCCCGAGGAUGACGGACGGGAAGGAGGGAGCAGCCGCUUGUUUUGGGCUUGUAACAAAGAGAAUCCGUAAAAUCUUCAGGCAUUUCCCCAAAUGCCAGCCCUGGUCGGUGGGACGGCGCGUGCCGAGGAGGCCCAGCAGGGAGGUGUUGCUGCUCAGAGACUGCAGGUACACGUGCCACCAGGAGUGCCGCAGCCUCAUCCAGCUGGAUUGUCGCCGGUGGCAGAGCCAGGUGUCCCCGGAGAGCAGCCUCCUGUCACCCUGCAGCCAGAAUGUGACACAAACGGUAGAAGAAGAAAAACCCGAGCCUCCGACGGUCCAGGAGAUCAAACAGAAGAUUGAAAAGUACAAUGCAAAGGUCACCAACUGCCUGCUGAUGAAACUGAACGAGGAUGGGACGUACACAGGGUUCAUCAAGGUGCACCUGAAGCUGCGGCGCCCCGUGACGGUGCCGGCCGGGAUCCGGCCCCAGUCCAUCUACGAUGCCCUCAAGGAGGUGAACCUGGCGGAGAUGACGGACAAGAGGACCUCCUUCUACCUGCCCCUGGAUGCCAUCAAGCAGCUGCACAUCAGCAGCACCACCACGGUGAGCGAGGUGAUCCAGGGGCUGCUGAAGAAGUUCAUGGUGGUGGAUAACCCCCAGAAGUUUGCACUUUUCAAGGAGAUGAGGAAAGAUGGGCAAGUGCUCUUCCAGAAGCUUCCUCUCACUGAGUACCCCCUGUACCUGCGGCUGCUGGCGGGCCCUGACACGGAUGUGCUGAGCUUUGUGCUGAAGGAAAACGAAACGGGGGAAGUCGAGUGGGACGCGUUCUCCAUCCCAGAGCUGCAGAACUUCCUGAUGAUCCUGGACAAAGAGGAGAAGGACAAAAUCCAGCAAGUGCACAGGAAGUACGAGAGGUUCAAACAGAGGCUUCAACAGACCCUGAAAGAAGCCAGAGGCAAACCUGGAUAACCCUCAGGAUGCACUGGGCAUCAGACUAAGCUAGAGACUGUUUUUAAAUGAAAAGACUUCUCAGGACACCUUAGUAAUCAUUCUCCCUCUUCAACCUUCCGUGAGGACUGGCUCCCAGCACCCCUAAAAUGAUCCUAUUGCAUUUUCUUCUUCUGAAACCUCUUCUCCCAGGACCAGAGCCUGUCCAAGAACGGGAAGCCUGAUUUUAAAACAGCUUCAACAAAGCAAACACAGCUGCUGGUUGGAUUUCCAGCCGUGCCACCCGCUGGAGAGGCUGCGUGAAGAUUCUCGGUGUGACACCCAACAGAACCCAUCUGCUGGCUGAAGUUUUGAGCAGCUCUUGCUGCUCCUGCUCCUCCCAGCGAGCUGCUGUUCCUGUUUGGAGGUGGCUGUGGCCCUCGUGGUUCUGGUUUCGUAAGGAGAGCACUGGAAGCAGCAGGAAAAGGGGAGGAGGUUGUUGCACCACGUGGGUGUUGCAGCUUAACCAAGCCCUGGACUUGUUCAGGGCUAAGGCAGCCAGGGAAAUGCCAGGUUGUGACACCAAGGCAGCUGCAACACCCCAACAGUCUGUUAGUAAAUAUUAUUGCAACUCAGUAAUAGUAAUUCCCAGGAAAAUUGUUCCUUUUGAUUCUAUUUGACUUCUGAUUUUGAAAAGAGCUGAAUUACUGUAACUGUCCCUGAUGCUUACCUGAGUUAGCCAGUGUUUCACCAGUUCUCUACUCUGUAGGAACUGGGACCUGUGUUUCCAGAAAUUCUGUUUGGAAAGUGUAAAGGUGAUGGUUGGGGCACAGACUGAGGGUUCAGUGUUGAAGGUUUAGCAAUACGUGUCCAUCAGAGGAACCCAGGAAAGCUCAAAACCCCUUCACAAAUUGGAUUUUGAGCUGGGAACACGUCUGGCCCCGAGGGAGAGGAGCCCUAUCCAGGGCUGGGGUGUGGAGGUGGCACCAAGUAAAGGAAUUACUGUCCUUGGGUGCUUUCUGCUCACCUCACCUGUGCCACCUCCUGCUCCUCACAGCGCUGUCCCUGUCACACCCUCCCUGUGCCCUGUUCCCCCUUCCCCUCUCUCAACUGGUGCUGUCCUGCACAUCCAGGAUUUGCUCUCUCCGUGGAGCCAGGAGAGGACACAAGUCUCUCUCUGCCUGUCUCAGGGCUCCCAGCACACCGAGCAUCCCUCAGCAAAGUCCAGAGCUGCAGGCUCGGUCCCUGCCCUCGCUCCACACCGCAGGGAUGGGGUUGGGAAUGCUCCAGGGAUCCCGGGGGAGAGGAUGGGCCCCGUGUUUACCCUCAGGAGUGAGCACGCUGCACACAGCCAGGGCCAGCCUCCCUCUGUUCACCGCAGGGACGGGGAAUGGCAGCGCUGGGUCGGGAUGGAGCAGGGGAUGGGCUUUGUGUGAGCAGCUGUCCCUGUGAGCUCACUGUGGCUGCUGUUACUGGGGAACGGGGACCAGUCUCAAAUUUACCUCAGUGCCUUUUUUUUCCCUUAAGUGUGAAAACUUUGUGUUUGGGCUAAGGAGGAAGCUGUGCAGAGCCCUGGUCCCUCCUGUCCCCGCAGCACUGCUGUGACAAGCCUCGUGUGCGGGGAGGGAUGAGGAACUGGAUUGUUUCUUUCUGGAAGGUGACUGCUUGGGAUUUUGGAUUUCUUUUUUUCCAGAUUUUGAGUAUGUUUGUUUCAAAACCUUAUGAGAGUUAACUGCAUCACUUGGAGCCCUCGGCUGGUGUGAAAGGCACUUUCUGCCAAGCUCAGCUGCAGCUCCUGUUCUGGUCAGCAGUGAGGGUUUGCUCGCAGGGCUCUGGUGCAGAAGAGCCUCCAGCUGUACUGUACUCUACACCCAACGACCUUUAACAACUGCUGGCAGCCACACAGCAGCCUUGGCCACGCUCUGGGGCUGUUUGUCCAGCUACAAGCAGGCUUAGCACUUCACUAUUCACUUGUGGAGUCCUUUAAAUACCGUUUAUCUGGUGCUUUGAGCCUCGACAGCACCGUAUAAAUACUUCAGUUCCACCAUGGGGAAGAACGCUGUAAAAACCGCCAGUGGCUCUCAGAGGGAAGAGCCACCUGCUUGGCUUGAAAUCCCUUUUCUUUCUGGCUAAAAGUCGUGCAGGUUUCCUUUAUUUUAUUUUUAUUUUAUUUUUCCAGUGAGUUUUGGUGAGUGUCCCCUCUCCCUUCCUGGCCUCAGCAUGUCUUUGACAGUUUGUAGAAGGCAUGGCUUCGUAUGCAAUCACUGUGGAUGCUGCUGAAAACCUCCUGCCACCAGCAGGACUCGCUCUUUUGGGCUUGUUUUUUUUCUAUAGGAGGGGCAUUUGAAGAGUUGGUGGGUGCUGAAAUUCCAGUUCUCAUGGGUCAGUCGAGCUGUUUUUAGGAGUAUUUGCCUCUUCUUUAAGCGCAAAAUCCUGUUGGCAGUGCCUUUGGUUAGCAAUUGUCUCGCCUCGGUCGUGUGAGUUUAUUUUCCAUGGCUACUGUAAAACCUGUAAAAUAAUGUGUAUAGGAUGGAAUAGUAGAGCUUCUAUGGCAAAGUGAAAUGCAUUUUUGCAAUGCUGUAAUUUAUUUUUACUACUCCCUAGUGAUUCUAUGGCAUUUUUACAAAAUGUCUCACUCUCAGCUUUUUUUGAAGGUUCUGGAACUAUUUGUUCAUAGGCAGACAGUGUAAGAGACAAUGAUAAUAAAACUGUCAGUAAUUAAAGAAAUCUCUUGACCUUC